UACUUGAGAAUAAAGUUAAUAUUAAUAUUCCUGACAAGUGUCCCUUAGCAAGGAGAGAAACGGGGAGAAGAGAAGACGGUGUGACAUUAUAGCUGUAUUCUUGGUGAUUGCCUGGCGUAAGUGUAUUAUUACUAACACAUUAGUUAUGCUGGUUAUUAUACUACUCGCUGCAUUGUUCUGUCAAGCUGUAUCGUAUCAGAUUCAACCACGACGAGGGGACACGCCGCCGAAAGAACUGCUACGUUCGACGGAGAAGGCUUCCCGUGUUCAAUGUUUCAAGACGACCUGUAUAGACCCCGAUUUUACUGAUCUGGAUCCAAACGUGUUGAACGAUUCUGACGAUAACGAUGAAGGCGCUAAAAAAGAAGAAGAUAGCUCUGAGGAAGACAGUGAGAGGGAUGAAUGGAUAGCACCAGAGAGUAGAGUCAGGCGACCGAGUGGGACAGACGCGAUGAGAAGGUUUAAUUCCAGAAUGAGAAAAAACGAAAAAGAUGAAAAUGAUGACAAGCGAAAGGCCCGCAAUAAGAAACAAAAGCUGCCUACACCAGAGGGACGAAAUCGAGAUAAAACUCUGUUUGAGGGAGAUAUAAAGAAGCGUGAAAGGAGUGACAAAAAUACCCCUAAGUUCAGGCACGCAAUGUCCAACCAAAAAGCACUCUGGUUCAGACCCCCUGGUUUCCACUCCAAAGCCAAGGCUGUCAUUCCGUACAAGUUGGACUCUUCAUACAGUGAAGCAGAUAAGAAAAUAAUUCUUGCAGCAAUGGAGGCGAUAGAAACGAAAACAUCUUCCGAUGGUAGAUGUAUCAGUUUUGUUGAGAAAGACGUCCAAGAAAAUUUCGAAUUCCGAGAUUAUGUUUACAUUCAACCAAUAGAUGGAUGUUGGUCAUAUGUGGCAAAUGCUCGACUGGACGAUGAUGACUUCAGUGACUGGAAGUAUCAGAACAUGUCAUUAACUCCUGGCUGUUUAUCCUACCUUGGAGUCCCCAUCCAUGAGUUCCUCCAUCUCUGUGGGUUGUACCAUGAACACACUCGACCCGAUAGGGACACUUAUAUCAAAAUAGUUUGGGAAAAUAUUGACCCAGACUUCAAAGAGAAUUUUGAAAUAAACGAGGAGGCAAAACCCCACGACACUCCGUAUGACUAUAGAUCAGUGCUACAUUAUGAGGAAAACGAAUUUGCCAUGGACUAUACUAAGCCAACAAUUAUACCAAAUAAACCAGUGUAUAUAGGACAGCGUGAUGGUCUGUCCGCACUUGAUAUUUUAAAACUUCAAAGGGUAUAUGGCUGUCGUGAAACUGUCCCAAACUUUGACAGCGUGGCUGAGGGCGAGAUGAAACAAAAAUGCACAUUUGAAUUAGGUGAACCAUGUACAUUUAAAAAUAAGUUUAACAGUAUUACGGGCAAAAAUAAGGGAGAGGCGGAGUUUGUGACGCUUCCUGCUUUUAAUGCGCCAUAUUACGAGGCGACAAAGUGGAGUUUUUAUGAAGGUUAUUUCCAAUGUUUACCUGCAUCCUCCGCAUCCUAUGGUGACGUAGCAAUAUUCCAAUCGCCAGUGAUGCAACCAGAGAACUAUUGUCUCUACUUCUCCUUCUAUAUGUGGCAGUCGAAGGGCUCAAAAUUAGAGGUCGUAAUCUCGCUUGUUGAGAGUGAUAUAUCUCAAGCCGUUUGGACGCAAGAGGGCACUACAAAGCACGACUCCUGGUAUCUGGCCGUAAAGGAUAUCUCCGUAUCGAGGCGGUUUACGGUUGAACUGAGGGCGACCAUGGGUGACAAAGAUAUAUCUUUCGAUGAGAUUUUUCUUGUACAUAGGAACGAAAGUUACACCGAAUGUACGGAUGAUCUCAUGUAUAUUUAGGUGUGCUUACAUACAUAUACUAUAAUGUAAAAAGAUGGUCCAUUCAAAACUACCCAAAUAGUAAAUAUAUCUUGGCCAAAAGGAAUCCUUUCUUCUCAAUAACUGAGGCAAAUCAUCAGUAUGCACGAAAACGACACUAAAAAGUGAGUGUUCUCGCGAAAGAACACGAAAUAAAACCACUAAAAGGGGUUAUCAAGUGAAAAUAUACAUAAAGAAAGAUAUGAUGAUGAAAACUUCGAGUUUUUAAGAAUUGAUUAUAGAUUUCUUCGAGUAUAUAUGGAUG